UGACGUCUCAUCUGCCUGAUCGUUGACAUCCACCCAUUAAUGAGCGCAGAAUCAGUCCUGCUCCGUGCAGCUCAUGACAGCGCCGCGCUCCGUCUCACUUCCCCGUCGAUCGCCGUGACUGGAUCCGUGACUUCCAGUUGUUCCGCUCCUUCAUCCACAUCGCUGUAGUUCUUUUUCUGGUGCCUGUGAGUAACAUGCAGAAGAGAAGGAAGCCAGAGCCGAUCCAGCUCAACCCGAUCCCCGAUGGGAACGCCGUUAACGGCACCGGAGCCUCAGAAACCAACUUGGAGGCGCUGCAGAAGAAGCUGGAGGAGCUGGAGCUGGAUGAGCAGCAGCGGAAGCGCCUGGAGGCCUUUCUCACACAGAAGCAGAAGGUGGGAGAGCUCAAGGACGACGACUUCGAGAAGAUCUGCGAGCUGGGCGCCGGCAACGGGGGGGUGGUGUUCAAGGUCUCCCACCGGCCCUCGGGCCUGAUCAUGGCGAGGAAGUCUGGUGCUUUCCAGCUGAUCCACCUGGAGAUCAAACCUGCCAUCAGGAACCAGAUCAUUAGGGAGCUGCAGGUGCUGCACGAGUGUAACUCCCCGUACAUCGUGGGCUUUUACGGCGCCUUCUACAGCGACGGAGAGAUCAGCAUCUGCAUGGAGCACAUGGACGGCGGCUCUUUGGACCAGUCGCUAAAAAAAGCAGGCAAGAUCCCUGAGCAGAUCCUUGGCAAAGUCAGCAUUGCCGUUAUCAAAGGCCUCUCCUACCUGAGGGAGAAACACAAGAUCAUGCACAGAGAUGUCAAGCCUUCUAACAUCCUGGUGAAUUCCAGGGGUGAGAUCAAGCUGUGCGACUUCGGAGUGAGCGGGCAGCUCAUAGACUCCAUGGCCAACUCCUUUGUGGGCACUCGCUCCUAUAUGUCUCCUGAGCGUUUGCAGGGCACUCAUUACUCCGUCCAGUCAGACAUAUGGAGUAUGGGUCUGUCCCUGGUGGAAAUGGCCAUUGGACGCUUCCCUAUCCCCCCUCCUGAUGCUAAGGAGCUGGAACAGAUUUUUGGCUGCCCCAUAGAAGGGGAAGUGGCCUCCAGCGAGUCCUCGCCAAAGCCGCGGCCUCCAGGGAGACCAGGAAGCUCGUAUGGACCCGACAGCAGACCACCGAUGGCAAUAUUUGAGCUGCUUGAUUACAUAGUCAAUGAGCCUCCACCAAAGCUUCCUGGGAUUUUUAGCACAGACUUUCAGGACUUUGUCAAUAAAUGUUUGAUCAAGAACCCUGCAGAGAGAGCAGAUCUGAAACAGUUAAUGAUUCACCCCUUCAUCAAGCAGUCGGAGGCCGAGCAGGUGGACUUUGCAGGCUGGUUGUGCAGCACCAUUGGACUCAAUAAGCCUGGAACACCCACCCAUGGAACCGCAAUGUAAAGUCAAGUGACUAGAUUUAUAUUUUAGAGGAGAUGGUAUUGGUUUAUAUUAAAGCUUGUGGGUUAAGAACAUGUGCAAGCUACAGUUGGUGUAUAAAUCUUCAUGCCAAGUGAAAUUAAGUGUUGGGUAACUCUAGGCUGUACAAAAGGCCUGUCUGAAUAGCCAUGUUUUCUAAAGAUCAAACGUUAUCGACAAAUGCUGCUCAACCUGUGUGCUUGACAUUCCUUUAUGCCAAAAGGCUGACUUGUUAUAGCUUCUGUGAACUAAAGUCUAAAUAAUAAAUCUUUGUGAACAUUAA